ACCAACUACUACACGAUCUUCGCACGGACGAUUCCCACGGGCCCGCCGCCGGCAUCCGCGUUCGAGAUCACGCCAGCCGACCUGCGGCGCGAGUUCCUCCAACUGCAGAGCGGGAUCCAUCCAGACAAGUACCCCGCGGGACCCCUGAAGCAGCGGGCCGAGGCGCUAUCCGCGCGCAUCAAUGAGGCUUACCGGACGCUGCUGGACCCGCUACAACGUGCGCAGUAUCUUCUCCGCGAGUGGCACGGGGUUGACGUGACGGCGGAGGACGGGGCGACCAAGCACGCACUGGACAGGGAGACGCUGAUGGAGGUGAUGGAGGUCCAGGAGGCCAUCGAGGAGGCCGGCGCGCAACCAGAGGCAGAGACGGUCAUCGCCGCGCUGCAGCGCGAAAACGAAGGCCGUAUCGCGGCAUGUGUCGCGACGCUAGGCGACGCUUUUUCUCGCAGCGAUAUCGAGACAGCCCGGCAGGAGUGUGUUCGGCUGCGCUUCUGGUAUAGUAUCAGAGAGGGGCUGAGGGAGUGGGAGCCAGGCAGGACGGAGAUU